AUGGUCUUCGGUCCCUCGCCCGGCGGCCACUUCGGCCAGCCCGUUUCUCAUCUCAACAACAACAACAACAACCGCAGAAACACCCACGUCUGCGGGCUCUACUACCUCGACACAACCCAAAACUACCCAAGCCUCGGAAGCCACUCAUACCCGCGCCGAUAUCUGCCGAUGCUGUCCCAGUCCGUCCACGCCCGCAUCGUCGCCUCGACCUCGCGGUCCACCCUCACCCAGACCUUCGUGAACCCUUCUGCCGACGCGUCCAUCCCCGAGCUCCGCUACACCUUCCCGCUGUACGACGGCGUCUCGGUCGUCGCCUUCACCUGCACCGUCAACAAGGACCGCGUCAUCCGCGGCGUCGUCCAGGAGACGAACACGGCCCGCCGGACGUACGACAACGCCGUCGCCAAGGGCAAGACCGCCGGCAUCCUCGAGCAGCUGCCGGACGCGAGCGACGUCUUCACCUCCAGCGUCGCCAAUGUGCCGCCGGCCGCCGAGGUCGCCGUCGAGAUCGAGUAUCUCGGCGAGCUGAAGCACGACGCCGGGGUCGACGGCAUCAGACUCACCAUCCCGACCACCAUCGCCCCGCGAUACGGCUCCUACCCGGGUACCUUGCUCGACAGGCCCGCCAACUUGUCCGCGGCCCAGGACGGCAUCACCAUCGUCGUCGACGCCGAGGUGCCGGCCGGCAGCGUCAUCAAGUCGAUCCAGUCGCCCUCGCACCCCAUCGCCGUCUCGAUCGGCUCGACCUCGACCACCAAGGCCGACGCCGCGCCGUCCCUUCAGCUGGCGUCCGCCACGCUCUCGCUCGGCACCGCGCGGCUCGACAGGGACUUUAUCGUUCAGGUCAUCGCGACGAACACGUCGAACCCGGUCGCCGUCCUCGAGACGCACCCGACCAUCCCGCACCAGCAGGCCCUCAUGGCGACGCUAGUGCCCCGGUUCAAGAUGGCCGCCACCAAGCCCGAGGUCGUCUUCAUCUGCGACCGCUCCGGCUCGAUGCAAGGCACCAGGAUGACGGACCUCCGGGACGCGCUCCGGGUGUUCCUCAAGUCCCUGCCCGUCGGCGCCAUGUUCAACAUCUGCAGCUUCGGCUCGGAGCACUCGUUCCUGUUCGACAAGUCGGUGACGUACGACCAGAACACGCUCGAGGCCGCCAUGCGGCACGUCGACACCUUCGCGGCCGACUUUGGCGGCACCGAGAUCCGCCAGCCCAUCGAGCAGACCUUCAGGCGCCGCCACGUCGACCUCGACCUCGAGGUGUUUUUGCUAACGGACGGCGAGGUCUGGGGCGAGCAGGGGCUCUUCGGCCUCGUCGGCGACCACGUGCGGGAGUCCAAGGGCGCCAUCCGCCUCUUCACGCUCGGCGUCGGCCGGGACGUCAGCCACUCCCUCGUCGAGGGCGUCGCCCGCGCCGGCAACGGCUUCUCGCAGUGCGUCUCCCACAAGGAGAAGAUGACGGGCAAGGUGGUGCGCAUGCUCAAGGGCGCCCUCACGCCCCACGUCACCGACUACACCCUGGAGCUCAAGUAUGCCGACGCCGAGUCGGAGACGGAGCCCGAGGACGACUUUGACAUCGUCUCGACUGAUGAUCUGCUCAAGCCCCUCGAUCAGGGAGUCGUCCCUCCCCUCGUCGAGCCGAAGAAGCCCAUUUCGCUCUUUGACGACGCCGCCUCAGAUGGGGAAGACGCGGGCAUGGAUGACGCCGCCGAUGACGGCACCGGAACGGAUCGCUUCUCGCACAUCUCCGCCGUCAAGCCGCCCAAGGUGCUCCAGGCGCCCUUCCAGAUCUCGCCCUUCUUCCCCCACAGCCGCAACAGCGUCUACCUCCUCCUCUCGCCCGACCGCGAGCUGAGGGACAAGACGCCCGAGUCCCUCAUCCUCCGCGGCACGUCCACUCAGGGGCCGCUGGAGCUCCGGAUCCCCAUCGCGGUCCUUCCGGACAAGGGUGAGACGAUCCACCAGCUGGCGGCCCGCAAGGCCGUCCAGGAGCUCGAGGAGGGCCGCGGCUGGAUCUACCACGCCAAGAGCAGCAAAGACGGCCGGCUCCUCAGCAAGGUCCACCCGGGCCGGUUCCCCGGAAUGGUGGAGCGGGAGGCCGUCCGGCUCGGCGUGCAGUUCCAGGUCGGCGGCAAGUGGUGCUCCUUCGUCGCCGUCGACGACCUGGACAACGCGGUCAGCGUCGAGGAUCGAGAGCUGGCCGCGGACAGGGCCCGAGUCCAAACUACGAAGAGGUCGUCCUCCAAGUCGAAGUUGUACUCCAAGGCGUCCACGGCGUCGGCGUCGUCGUCGAUCCACUUUGGAUUUCCGCCCGCCGAUAACUCGGCACCCGUCCCUUUGUGCAGAAAAGGCAUGCCCGCCAAGAGAGUGAUGACUCGGACGCCUCCGCUUUCGUCGUGGACACCGAUGAUGUUCGGCUCCUCGGCGCUGCAGUCGAACUCGGGUUCGGCUUUCAGCUCGAUGAGCUACACUCCGCCGUCCAGAUCAGUCGCGUUCGGCGGCCCAAGUACGGGCGGAGGCGUCUUCGCCUCGGCCGCGGUCCCUGACGCGGAACACUUUCGCAGUUUUGCGGCCAGUGAUCCCGUGCGUCCCAUCGCCAUGCAGCAGAAUAUCGCUGCAGCUGAUGACGGCGUCGAGUGUGAGGAGUCCUCGAGCCCCAAGCCGGCCACUCCUCCUCCUCCUCCUCCUCCCGCUCCCGCUCCCGCGGCCGCCUCUUUCCCGCCCGACACCGCGUCCACGACCGCCAAGUUCGAGGCCAUCGUCUCGGUGCAGCACUCCAGCGGCUUCUGGACGUACUCGGACGGGCUGAUGAGCCUCCUCGGCGUAUCCGAACGGGACCUCCGGCCCGCGGUGGUCGACGUGGUCGGAAAUCGGUUCAGCCCGGUUCUGAUGUUGACUGUCGCCGUCGUCGCCUUCCUGCGGAAGAACCUGGCGCACGAGCGGGACAGCUGGGAGAUGAUGGAGGAGAAGGCCAUGGCCUGGCUGAACACCGAGCUGGGAGACAAGACUGGGGAUGUUAUGGAUGCGGUUAAGCGCUUCUUCUGA